AUGACGAGCACGACAGUACUCCGCAUCCCUGUGCUGCUGAGCUUGCUUGCUUUCCUGGCGCUCCUGACGUCUCCCGUCAUGGCCGCCCUUCCCAAGCCGCCACAGGACUGCGACGACUGUAAACCCAAAGGUCCUAUCACACGUUACAGUGCGCAAGAGGUCAUCGCCAAACUCGGCCUCGUCCCUAACAUUGAAAAGGGUUACUAUGUCGAAACCUUCCGGGAUCCAGACUCCGUCAACAACCGUUCGGUCAGCACUGCCAUCUACUACCUUCUCGAAGGCUCUGUCGGUCCUUCGUACUGGCAUCGUAUUGACGCUGCGGAACUCUGGCAUUAUUACGCAGGCGCGUCAAUGAAGAUGUACUUGUCACACAACGAUGGCCAGCCGGUGAGAGAGCAGAUCCUCGGGCCAAACAUUUUCAGCUGCGAGAAGCCGCAGGUGGUUGUGGGCAAAUGGGAGUGGCAGAGAGCGCAGAGCUUGGGAGCCUGGACGCUCGUUGGGACAACUGUCGCCCCCGGAUUUGACCCGAACGGCUUUGAGAUGGCGCCACCCGAUUGGCAACCUGAUGGAGCGUGA